AGCGGCAGCCUGAGUAACACGUCCCCAGGAGACUAGCAGGAGCAACACGUGAUGUGUCUACUUAUCAGGGGAGAAGAGGAGGAAGGGAAGUUACUGUGGAGUUGAUGAACUUUGCACAUCCACAGAAACGCCAUUUUGAUUCCUUUUUCCGGAACAACUUUGCGUCUCUUUCCCCCCCCCCUCCUCCUCUCUCUUCACCAACCCAUCAUCAGUGCAUCAUGUCUCGACGCAAACAGCCCAGCCCCAGCAAAAGCAAGCUACUAGAGGGUGCUAUAGAGGAUCUAGACUCUGCUAAGCCUAAUACACUAAGUGGGGAGAGCAGCAAGCAAGAAGAAAACCUCAUUGUUCAGCAGUCAAGGGAGGAAAAUGAAGAGAAGCAGCUCAAAAGCUUAACCAAUUACAAGACACCAACUUUACCAAACAGUUUGGAAGGUACAGACUUGUCGUCCAUUGAUGCCAUGAUGUCAGCAGUAAUGAGUGUGGGGAAGAUUGCUGAAAAUGGCGGGAACUCUCAAAACAUCAAGUCCCCAUCGAAGUCUCCUGCACCAAAUCGGAUUGGCAGGAGGAACCAGGAAACAAAAGAAGAGAAGUCUUCCUAUACCUGUCCUCUGUGUGAGAAGAUUUGCACUACACAGCACCAGCUAACUAUGCACAUUCGUCAGCAUAACACUGACACUGGAGGGACAGACCAUUCCUGCAGCAUCUGUGGAAAGUCUCUGAGCUCAGCAAGCUCCCUUGAUCGCCACAUGUUGGUGCACUCAGGUGAAAGGCCUUAUAAAUGUUCAGUAUGUGGACAAUCCUUCACCACCAAUGGGAACAUGCACAGACACAUGAAGAUUCACGAGAAGGAUCCAAACAGCACUGCAAGUACUACUCCCCCAUCUCCUCUGAAGCGCAGACGAUUGUCCUGUAAGAGGAAACUUAGUCAUGAGCCUGAGACAGACAGAGAGGAACGAACCCCAGCAAAAAAGGUUGUCGAGGAGGCUCAGUCCAGUGAAGUGGAGAAGAAGGCUGAGGAGGAAGUUUAUCGUUGUCCAGUGUGUUUCAAAGAAUUUGUAUGCAAGUAUGGGCUGGAGACCCAUAUGGAGACCCAUCCAGAUACCUCACUGAGGUGUGACACUUGUUGUAUUACCUUUCGCACUCAUCGGGGUUUGCUGCGUCAUAAUGCAGUUAUUCACAAGCAGCUUCCAAGAGACCCAUUGGGAAAGCCUUUCAUUCAGAACAAUCCUUCAAUUCCAGCAGGCUUCCAUGAUUUGGGAUUCACAGACUUCUCCUGUAGGAAAUUCCCCCGCAUUUCUCAGGUCUGGUGUGAAACGAAUCUGCGAAGAUGCAUCAGUGAAUUUCAUCGGUUUAUUUGCGAGACAUGUAACAAGGCAUUCCCCAUGCAUUCGGCACUCAAACUGCACACAGAAACCCAUAUGGUUGAUCAGGGAAAAGAAAAGCACAAACCGCUGGUAAAGACCCCAGCUGGUGAGAACCCAGACCAGAAAGUCUACAUGGCGUCCUUGGGCCUACAGCACACCAAAGACAUCAAGCCUGUCAAACAGGAGGAGGUUAUGCAAGAUGAGGUCCAAGACAUGCAGCUUAGAACACUGAAGAGUAACCUACCUCAGGAACCUGGCAGCACUAGCCUGCUGAACAUGUCUGCUCUGGAAGCUGCUUCCAUGGGAGGUUCUUUUUCGGUCCUUCCGCCUACAAAAGAGAAUAUGAAGCUCCUGUCGCUGCAGCCUUUCCAGAAGGGCUUUAUCAUUCAGCCUGACAGCAGUAUUGUGGUCAAACCCAUCUCCAACGAGUCUGCCAUUGAACUGGCCGACAUUCAGCAGAUCUUGAAGAUGGCUUCUUCAGCUCCUCCUCAGAUAAGUCUUCCGCCACUUUCUAAGGCACCUCCUGUCCCUGUGCAGUCUAUUUUCAAGCAUAUGCCUCCACUAAAGCCAAAGCCCUUGGUGGCUCCUCGAACAGUCGUAGCGACCUCUACGCCGCCUCCACUGAUCAGUGCACAGCAAGCCUCGCCUGGGUGCAUCAGUCCAAGCCUUCCCCCGCCGCCACUGAGGCUGAUCAAAAACUCUGCGGAGUCCGCUUCCAGGGCUCACCUUACGCAGUCCAAAUCAGGAAACAAAUCCAGUCCUUCUUCACAGUUGUUCCCUCAGCCCAAGACAGAGCCACUGAGUCAGCACGAAAUGAAAACCCAGCUGGAACAAGAUAGUAUCAUAGAAGCCCUGUUGCCUUUGAGUAUGGAAGCCAAGAUCAAGCAAGAGGUCACAGAAGGGGACCUCAAGGCCAUCAUUGCGGGGGCCGCAAACAAGAAAGCACCAGCAAUGAGGAAAGUCUUGUACCCGUGUCGCUUCUGCGACCAGGUGUUCGCCUUCUCUGGUGUCUUGAGGGCUCACAUUCGCUCUCACUUGGGCAUCUCCCCUUACCAGUGCAACAUCUGCGAAUACAUUGCAGCUGACAAGGCAGCACUGAUUCGGCACCUGCGGACGCACAGUGGAGAGAGGCCGUACAUCUGUAAAAUUUGCCACUAUCCUUUCACAGUGAAAGCCAACUGUGAGAGACACCUGCGCAAAAAGCACCUCAAAGUGACCAGGAAGGACAUAGAAAAGAACAUUGAGUAUGUCACCAGCAAUGCGGCGGAGAUGGUGGAUGCUUUCUGCUCCCCUGACACAGUAUGCAAAUUCUGCGGUGAGGACCUCAAGCAUUAUCGCGCCCUGCGCAUCCACAUGAGGACUCACAGCGGCUGCCAGAAGAAGAAGCCGUUCGAGUGCAAAGAGUGCGGCACUGCCUUCUCAGCCAAGCGAAACUGCAUUCACCAUAUCCUCAAGCAACACUUACAUGUGCAAGAGAGGGAGAUAGAGAACUACAUCCUGGCAGUGGACUGCAGUCCUCAGGAGAACCAGCCAGACCCUCCACUACUGGAGGACAGCACUUACAUGGACCGCAAGUCCAUCACGUCUUUCCUGGAAUCGCAGAAUGGCUUUUUGCGGGGGGCACCUUCUCAUGUUCCAAUCAAACUUGAACCUGCAAAUAAUUUCCCGAUGGACUUUGAUGAGCCCUUAGACUUCUCGCAAAAGAACAAAAACUUAAGCACAGUGCAAGUGAAGCAGGAGAACCUGUUUGGCACCUCUUCCUUGUCUCACUAUGACUGUUCCAUGGAGCCCAUAGACCUGUCAAUUCCCAAAGCCCUCAAGAAGGAUAAAGAUGAUGUCCAGAGUGAAGCCAAGAAACAAGACCAAGUUUCUGGGAAUAGCGACAAGCUCUAUAACUGUCAGCAGUGCCCUCUGGCCUUCAGUACCAACGGGAGCGUGGAGAAAAAUGGAGCCCUCAAACAUUCCCAGCCACUGAAGGGUCCCUUGCAUUUGACUGUCCCAAUCAUUUCCCCAGCUCUUCUUGGCAACCCUGGCUUGCUGCGACCCUUAAGGCCUAAGCCACCACCUCUUUUGCCAAAGCCUCCGGUAACUAAAGAGCUGCCACCUCUGGCUUCUAUUGCCCAGAUCAUUUCAUCUGUGUCUUCUGCUCCUGCUUUGCUGAAAACAGAGGUAACAGACUCCAGUCCCAAGGCAGCCAGCAGCUCCGCUGGUUCUGAUAAAUCAGGGAACUCCAAACCAAAAGCGACAAUCACGAUGGCUAUCCAGAAAGAUUCCAGCCUUCCCAGUGACCUUACUCAGAAGGCGUACAAUCCAAAUGUUCCAGAAAAGUCUCCUGUUGCUGAUGCUGGAUUGGCUAAGAAAAGAGGUAGGAAGAAAGGAACGAAAAACAAGCCUAAAGCGAGCAGUGGUGUGGACCUGGAGUCAAGCGGGGAGUUUGCUAGCAUAGAGAAGAUGCUAGCUACCACAGACACUAAUAAAUUUAGUCCAUUUCUGCAGUCCACUGAUGAUUUCAAAGAGGAAGCUGACAGAAACGGAACAAGUGAAGACGAGAGAGAAACUGCCGACGAUAAGCUGCUGAGAGGAAAGAGGAAUGCUUACUCAAACUGCCUGCAAAAAAUCACCUGUCCUUAUUGUCCCCGAGUCUUUCCUUGGGCGAGUUCUCUGCAGCGCCACAUGCUCACUCACACAGGUCAGAAGCCCUUCCCCUGUCAAAAAUGUGAUGUCUUCUUUUCUACCAAAUCUAACUGUGAACGCCACCUCUUGCGCAAACAUGGAGUUGCCAACUGCUCUCUGAGAAGAAACGGGCUUAUCCCCCAGUCUAAAGAAAGUGAUGCUGGAUCUCAUGAUAGCACAGACAGUCAGUCAGAUCUGGAGACUCUAGGUGGGGUGCUGGAUCUGACCUCCUGCGAGAGAGAGCAACCAGAGGAAGAAACGGAGCUACCGGAAAACAAAUGCAGUCCCAAACAGGAGCAAAAGGUUGACUCGCCCCAAGGAGAAGAGGAUGCACAAGAAAAACCAGAUGAGUAUGAAGAGGGACCGGAGGAAGACUCUGUAAGUAACAAAAGCCUUGACCUCAAUUUUGCCAGUAAGCUGAUGGACUUUAAGCUGGCAGAGAGUGACCAGAGUGCAGGUAACUGCUCUCAGAGCGAAAAGAAACAUGCCUGUGACGUUUGUGGGAAAACCUUCAAAUUUGCUGGCACUCUUGGCCGGCACAAAAAGGCCCAUGCUCGUGAGGACAGAAAGGAUGAAAAGAGCAGUGAGGAUGAAAGCAAAAGUGUUCAGGAGGAAGCUGGAGCUCCCCCAAAGCAAGACUCCACUCUUGAUCAGGAAGAGCCCCCAAUGGACUUAAAGGUGCUAGAAUCUUCUGUGGACUGUGAGGCAACAGGAAAGGAGAAUGAAGAGAGCGAAAGCAUCUCUGAGGGAGAGAGCACAGAGAGAAAAUCCUGUGAGAAGAGUGAUGACGACAAAAAACCAAAGACUAAUGGGGCUAAGAGUACCACAAAGGCAGACAAGAGGAAGAAAGUCUGUACUGUGUGCAACAAGCGGUUUUGGUCUCUACAGGACUUGACACGACACAUGAGAUCCCAUACAGGAGAGAGACCAUACAAAUGUCAGACCUGUGAACGGACCUUCACUCUGAAACACAGCCUGGUUCGUCAUCAGCGCAUACACCAGAAGGUCAAGAACGCUAGGAACCAUGAGAAGGAGAGUGACAAAGAAGAGACCCAGUCUAGGUGUGAAGAAGACAGUGAAAAUGAGUCUAUCCACAGUGGCACUAACCCCAUCUCAGAAAAUGAGUGUGACUCAGUUGCAGGCCUUGGUAACCAUUCAUCUGUCUCUAGAAACCGAAAAGAAAGUCCGGCCAAUGCAGCGAAGGAUUCCCUUUGCAGAGAGGAGAAAAUCCCUGGACGAACAGCCAAUCAGGAAUCUCGGGGUAACUGUGAUCACGAGAGUCCAUCAGGUUUCAUUCAGGACUUGCUGGAGAUGCACAACAAAAAAUCUCCCAUGAAUCACAUUCUUGCCUCUGCAGAUAGUACACCUCAGCUUUUGGGAGUUGAGUGAAUUCUUACUAUGAAAUUGGACCCAUCCCAGCAUACAAACUAAAACCAGCAGAGCAAGGUUUUUGGAGUAUAUUUUGUAAGAGUGACCUUCAGCUGUGGCAUAGUAUGGCAGACUGGAUUCAGUGCCAUAUGCCUUUCAGUAUAAUAAUGCAAGAGACUACGGUAUAUACUGAUUUGAGUGCCUUACUACUUUAUUAGAUCUUUUGGUAUCAUAGGUUUUUUCAA